GUGCAGGGGAUAUAAGAAUGUCUCUCAGUUGGGAAAAGAGGCUAAAAAUAGCUCUGGGUGCUGCCAGAGGCUUAGAAUAUCUUCAUAAACACAACAUCAUUCAUAGAGAUAUUAGACCUAACAACAUCCUCAUCACACAUGAUCAUGAAUCACUGUUAGGAGAUUUUGGACUUGCAAAAGCGGCGUAUGAUGAAUCACAACAUUCUUCUGGUAACAACGUGGUUGGUACUUUUGGAUAUAUGGCACCAGAAUAUGCAGCAAGUGGAAAGUUCUCGACUAAAACAGAUGUUUAUGCUUUUGGAGUUGUUCUGCUGCAGCUUAUCACUGGACUCAAGAACACAGACAACUGUCUUGAAGAUAAAAGUCUUGUUGAAUGGGCAAUACCUCUUCUGGAGCAAAAGAAUUAUCCGCGUCUAAUUGAUAAAAGUAUUGUCGAUUCCCAUGAUUUCCAUCAGCUAUUUUGGAUGGUUGAGUUAGCAGCAAAAUGUCUCGAAAAGGAUCCUGAUAAGAGGAAUACCAUGGAAUGGGUGGUUAAGAUUUUGAGUGAUAUAAUGGAAGGAAAUGCUGAUACUUCUAUAGACUUCAACACCAAAAGCAAUAAUGAAGAUGAUAAAAUUCUUGGAACAGUAACAACUUCUUCUUCAUUUUCAACAGACAGAACAUGUUCAUCAAAAAGGUGGAGUCCUUCAUCAUCCAAUAGUACUCAUGAAGAAUGUGAAAGUAGGAAGAUCCCUCUCAAACAUAAAGGGGCAGCUCCAAACAAAAGCAAACUACUUUAUAAAGAGAUGAUUCAUUGAGUAGUUCGUUUUAAUUAAAGGCGGAUCCAAGAUUUAAACUCUAUGAGUUCAAUCUAUAAAGUUGUCUAUGGAAAACAACCUCUCUACCUCUGAGUUAGGAGUAAGGUCCUAUAUACACUUGACCCUUCCCAGAUCCCACUUUGUGGAACGACAUUGGGUAUAUGUUGUUUUUGUUGAGUUCAAUCUAUAAGGUUCUAAGGAUUGGACUUGUCGUGUUUCUAAAACUAUGGGUUCAUGUAUAUUAUUUGUUGCAUUUUGAGUAAAUUUCUACGCAUAAAUUUAUGUUUCGCGUUGAAGGUAUUGGGUUCCAA